AUGCGUAUUGCCCAGAUCAUGCUGGCGCGCCGCCUGGGCGGAGGGGAGCAGGUCUUCAUCGACCUGUGCGGGGCGGCCGCAUCGCGCGGGCAUGAGGUUCUCGCCAUCGGUGCGGCGGAAAGCGAUGCCAUGGACGCCCUCGAUCGGCGCUCGGACCUCCAGUGCGCGCGCGUGCGCUGCCACGGCACGUGGGAUCCGCUAUGCCGGUGGGCGAUCGGUCGCUUGCUGCGGCGAUUCGAGCCGGACGUGGUGCAGACCCACAUGGGCCGCGCCAGUGCGCUUGGCGGCAAGGCCGCACGGUCCGCCGGCUAUCCGACACUGGCCAUGCUGCACACGAUGAUCGAGUUGAAAUACUACCGCACCAUCGACCUGUUCGUGCCGACAACGGCGGAUCAGGAGGCUUAUCUGCGUAAGAACGGCGUGCCGGCCGAUCGCGUCGAGCGCAUUCCCCAUUUCCGUUCGAUGGAGCCGGUUGCAAUCGCCAAGGCGCCGCGACAAACGGACGGCGUGGUCAAGACCCUCGGCCGGUUCGUUCACAAGAAGGGGUUCGAUGUUCUGCUGCAUGCGGCUGCGCACGCGGCCGCGCAGGGUGCGACGUUCAGGCUGGAGAUCGGCGGCGACGGACCCGAACGCAGCUCGCUGAAGGCGCUGGCCGCGCGGCUCGGGAUCGGGGAUCGCGUGACGUUUUGCGGUUGGAUCGAUGACGUUGCGGCGUUCCUCGCCGAUGCCGAUCUGUUCGUGCUGCCGUCGAGGAUCGAACCGUUCGGCAUUGUGGUCUGGAGGCGAUGGCCUGCGGUGUUCCCAUUGUCGCCACGCGCGUCAGCGGCCCGCUGGAAACUCUCGAUGAGCACACCGCUCUCCUGGUUCCGUCCGACGAUCCGGCGGCACUGGCGGAGGCUAUGA